CUCUUCGCCAUUCCCCUGUUUCUGAUUCAUCUCUUGGGGAUUUGUUGCUCAAUUCGCCCCUCCCUACUAAAAUUCACUACUAUUUUCAAAUCCAAAUUCAGUUCUAUAUUCAAAUCAUCAAUCACACUGCUCAAAUAUUAUUUUUUAUCACUAUUCUUUUGUUAAUGUAUUGUGUGAUAAUUGCAUUAAUUGCUCAAUUCGACCUCCCUCAUCAAAAGUCGAUUCAAAUUCAGUACGAUAUUCAAAUCCUCAAACCCCACGGCUGACUUCGGUGUCACCUCCUCCAUUAACCACCUUGACACGGAGGUGGUUUUUUCUUUGAUUCACUUUCACAAGUUAGAUCAUUCGUAUACUUUGUAUUUGUUACAAUCGAUUUACAAUAACUGGGGAUUUUCCUUUUGAUUUUGAUGGAUCCGAAGCCGUGGCUACAUCCGGCUCCAACCUAUUUCCCAUUGGAGACGUAUUGGGACACAGAUGAUGACGCCCCUGGCCCUCGCUGUGGCCACACUCUUACCGCCGUUGCCCAAACCAAAUCACACGGACCUCGUCUUAUUUUAUUCGGUGGCGCUACCGCCAUUGAAGGAGGCACCUCCACCGGCAUCCGAUUAGCCGGAGUGACAAACUCUGUUCAUUCGUAUGAUGUUCUUACUAAAAAAUGGACGAGAAUGCGUCCAGCUGGGGAAGCCCCUUCACCCAGGGCUGCUCAUGCAGCUGCUUCUGUUGGAACCAUGGUUGUAUUUCAGGGUGGCAUAGGUCCUGCUGGCCAUUCAACCGAUGAUCUCUAUGUGCUCGAUUUGACUAAUGACAAAUACAAAUGGCACCGAGUUGUUGUUCAAGGACAGGGUCCGGGCCCACGUUAUGGCCAUGUUAUGGACUUGGUUGCCCAACGAUACCUUGUUACUGUUAGUGGCAAUGAUGGAAAGAAAGUGCUUUCAGAUACUUGGGCUCUGGAUACUGCUCAAAAACCAUAUAUGUGGCUGAGGUUAAAUAUAGAAGGUGAUAAGCCUUCUGCUAGAAUGUACGCAACAGCUAGUGCCCGCUCAGAUGGUAUGUUUCUACUUUGUGGUGGAAGAGACACCUCAGGCUCGCCUUUGUCAGAUGCUUAUGGACUGAUGAUGCAUAAAAAUGGAGAAUGGGAAUGGACACUUGCACCUGGAGUUUCACCAUCAUCAAGGUACCAACAUGCUGCGGUAUUUGUUGGUGCUAGAUUGCAUGUGACGGGAGGUGCUCUUAGGGGAGGAAAAAUGGUAGAUGGUGAAGCAGCCCUUUCAGUAUUGGACACUGCUGCUGGAGUUUGGUUGGAUAGAAAUGGAUUGGUGACUUCUUCACAGAGCAACAACAAUGGGCAAAUGGAAGAUGAGUCUUUGGAGCUCAUGCGUCGCUGUAGGCAUGCCACGUCAUCGGUCGGUUCUCGUUUGUAUGUGUAUGGUGGUCUUAGGGGAGAUCUAUUGUUAGGUGAUUUUCUGGUAGCAGAGAAUUCGCCUUUUCAUUCUGAUGCAAAUAAUCCUGGAUUAACAUCUGAAAAGUGUUCAAAUAUGGCAAGUCCCAGGACGAAUUUGUGCCCAUUUGAUCCUAUAUCUCAAGAUGAUGGACAUGAAAGUCCCUUAAGUGUGGAUAAAGAAGCUAGUCAGAGGGUGGCUGAAGCUGAUGCUGUUCAUUCUACGUGGCAAGCUGCACAAACACAUAUUGCAACUUCAGUGAUGACAAAUCAAGCUACGGGGAUUAAUACAGAAGGUGGUGAUAAACCAGGAGAUGUGCAUCUUCACCCUAGAGCAGUUGUGAUUGCUAGAGAGGCAAUAGGAAACCUAGGUGGAUUGGUGCGACAGCUGUCACUGGAUCAUUUUGAGAAUGAAAGCAAACGGAUGAUGCCUGACAUGUCACAUCCUGGCGCCAAACGUUUCAUGAGGCAAAAGUCACCUCAAGGCUUGCACAAGAAGGUGAUUUCUAGUUUGCUUACGCCUAGAAACUGGAAACCGCCUAUCGAAAGGACGUUUUUCCUGGAUGCUUAUGAAGUGGGAGAGCUUUGUUACGCUGCUGAACAAAUCUUAAUGCAGGAGGCGACUGUUCUUCAGUUGAAAGCUCCGGUUAAAGUGUUUGGUGAUUUACAUGGACAGUUUGGUGAUUUGAUGCGAUUAUUUGAUGAAUAUGGUUUCCCCUCAACUGGUGGAGAUAUAACAUAUAUCGACUAUUUAUUCCUAGGAGAUUAUGUUGAUAGAGGACAGCAUAGCUUGGAGACAAUCACUUUGCUCCUUGCUCUAAAGAUUCAGUAUCCUGACAACGUUCACUUGAUACGUGGGAAUCAUGAGGCAGCUGAUAUAAAUGCGCUAUUUGGUUUUCGACUUGAAUGCAUAGAGAGAAUGGGGGAGAACGAUGGGAUAUGGGCGUGGCAGCGGUUUAAUCAUCUGUUCAAUAUUCUUCCACUAGCGGCGCUGAUUGAGGACAAGAUAAUCUGUAUGCAUGGUGGGAUUGGAAGGUCGAUUCAUUUGGUAGAACAGAUUGAGAAAAUAGAGAGGCCCAUAACCAUGGAUGCUGGAUCUGUUGUCCUCAUGGAUUUGCUAUGGUCUGAUCCGACGGAAAACGAUAGUGUGGAAGGUUUGAGACCAAAUGCAAGGGGACCCGGUCUUGUUACGUUUGGGCCUGAUAGGGUUGCAGAGUUUUGUAAAAGAAACAAACUUCAAAUGAUUAUAAGAGCCCACGAAUGCGUGAUGGACGGUUUUGAGAGGUUUGCUCAUGGACAGUUGAUUACCCUUUUCUCCGCAACAAACUAUUGUGGGACUGCUAAUAAUGCUGGAGCAAUACUGGUGAUUGGGAGAGGAUUGGUGGUUGUUCCUAAACUUAUUCAUCCUUUACCACCACUCACACACACACAGACACUCACACUUGAACCAGAAUCAAAUCCACAACAUCUCCCACCCCCGGAGGAAAACAAUUGGAUGCAGGAGCUUAAUAAUCAAAGACCACCAACUCCUACUCGGGGUCGCCCUCAACCUGAUCAAGACAGGACCUCACUUGCGUAUAUCUAAUCCACACAUUCCAACCAAGCUGUUUACUGCUUAUAAUCAUUACAAACUUGUUGCAAAGUUUUGUUGAGUAAUUUAUUUGCAACAAAUAAUUUCUAACUUUUUUCUACAUUAUUUUAUAAAUGAAUUAUGUAUGCAAUAAGUACUAGUUAUUACCAC